UUUCUUAGGUCUGAAGUAACUGUAACAGAACAAAGGAAGAAGAAGAAAUUCAAUGGCUACAACGACGAAGUUGUUGGAGACAUUAGGAAGCUUAGAGAGGGAUUCAUUUGUAUCCCUUCUAUCCAACCUGAUGGAUGAAUCCAGAUACUUGCAGAACAAUCCACCAGAACUCGUUCCUGAAGAGGACAGAGUAGUGAAGCAUGUUUUAAACUCCCUCUUACCGUUAAGCACCACUACCGACGGUGGCCCUUUAAUCCUCAACCAUGUUACAUAUUUUCCCGGUAGAGGUAACCUCAUUGUUGAAUACCCUGGAACCGUUCCCGGAAAGAUCCUCUCCUUUGUUGGUUGUCAUAUGGACGUUGUCACUGCAAAUCCCGACGAUUGGGAUUUUGAUCCGUUUACUUUGAGCAUCGAUGGUGAUAAACUUAGGGGACGAGGAACUACUGAUUGUUUGGGACAUGUUGCACUUGUUACUGAACUCAUGAGGAAGCUUGGAGAAACCAAGCCAAAUUUGAAAUCGAAUGUUGUUGCUGUUUUUAUAGCAAAUGAAGAGGAUGUUGUUAUAACAGGAGUUGGUAUUGAUGCACUUGUUCAAGAUGGUCUUCUCAAUAAGCUAAAGGAAGGUCCCAUGUUUUGGAUUGACACGGCUGAUAAACAACCGUGUGUUGGAACUUCUGGUAUGAUACCUUGGAAACUUCAUGUCACUGGGAAACUUUUUCAUAGUGGAUUAUGUGACAAGGCUAUAAAUCCAUUGGAGGUAGCCAUGGAUGCUAUAAAGGAAAUCCAGCUGCAAUUUUACAAGGAUUUCCCACCUCAUCCUAAGGAACAGGUUUAUGGGUUUACAAUCCCUUCAACCAUGAAACCAACCCAAUGGAGUUAUCCUGGAGGUGUAAUCAACCAAAUUCCAGGAGAAUGUACUAUUUCAGGAGAUGUCAGGUUAACUCCAUUCUACAAUGUGAAGGAUGUAAUGAAGAAGCUGCAAGAAUACGUGGACGACAUUAAUGACAACAUACAGAAGCUAGAAACUCGGGGUCCGGUUUCAAAAUAUGUCCUAUCUGAUGAAAAUUUAAGGGGGAGUCUUACUCUAAGUUUUGAUGAGGUUUCGUCCGGUGUUGCUUGUGAUCUCAAUUCUAGAGGUUUCCAUGUUUUAUGCAAAGCAACUGAGGAAGUAGUUGGGAAUGUAAAGCCUUUCUCAGUUGCUGGGAAUUUACCUCUCAUCAGGGAACUUCAGGAUGAAGGUUUUGAUGUUCAGGCUUGUGGCUAUGGUUUGAUGGAAACUUACCAUGCCAAGAAUGAGUAUUGUCUUUUUACAGAUAUGUCCCAAGGAUACCGGGUGUUAGCGAGCAUCAUCGCUCAAUUAGAAGAUUCAGAGUAGGUCAGGUACUGAUAAUAAAAAUGAUUAGGAUUUGUUGUAGUGGACCAUGGUUUCAAACUACAGUCUUCAUCCACAAGUGCGACCAUAAUAUUGUUGACGUGCUAGUUUGUGCAACUGCAUCGCACUGCAAUUGCAUGUUAUUUUUAAUCACAUGUAUGUCUGCAAACCACAAAUGUUGUAGAGCCCUCAAAUUGCUUAGCAACCAGUUACAAUUGAUUGAUUUGAUUUUAUGUUGUGAAUUGAAUUGUAAUCAAGUUAUUGAAUUAUGACCUUUUUUUUUUGCAUAAGUAAUUUAUGACCCUUUGUUUGUAGUAUUGCAUAUACAGCAAAUUGAUAGAAAGUGAGAGGAAAUAAAAUUUCG